AGUUCGAGGGCAUUGUGGGAAGUAGCCAUGGUCUGAGGCUGGCGCCUCACCUGUCAGCCGGUGUGGCUGCUACUCUCUCUCCUGGCUGUCGCAUCCUGGGCGAUCGCAGCUGUCGCAACCCAGGCGGCUGCGGCCACCAUGAUACAUUUCAUCUUGCUCUUCAGUCGACAAGGGAAACUUCGGCUGCAGAAAUGGUACACCACGCUCCCUGACAAGGAGAGGAAGAAGAUCACCCGGGAGAUCAUCCAGGCUGUCCUCUCUCGUGGGCACAGGACGAGCAGCUUCAUUGACUGGAAGGAGCUGAAACUCGUUUAUAAAAGGUAUGCUAGUUUAUAUUUUUGCUGUGCAAUAGAAAAUCAGGACAAUGAGCUCUUGACACUAGAGAUUGUACAUCGUUAUGUGGAGUUGCUGGACAAGUACUUUGGAAAUGUCUGUGAGCUGGAUAUUAUCUUUAAUUUUGAAAAGGCGUAUUUUAUCCUCGAUGAAUUUAUAAUAGGUGGAGAAAUUCAGGAAACAUCCAAGAAAACGGCAGUCAAGGCCAUUGAAGACUCUGAUAUGUUACAGGAGACAAUGGAAGAAUACAUGAACAAGCCCACGUUUUAACUGUGCCAUCUACUUGAAGAUUCUGAGUGCUUCGUGUUGGGAAUCAACCAAUGAGCAACUCUUUGCAUCCAGUCUCCACACAGCUUCUGGCUCCAUGCCAAAAAUAACUUAAAGGGAUUGUUGUUAGCAUAAUGUAUUUAUAGUUGCUACGUGUCUGUGUAUCAGUACUCAUUGUGGCUCUUGUUGUUUCAAAUAGUUGCUGCAGAUUGAAUAGUUGUUUGCCGUGUUUGUGGCAUUUUUUUAAAUGUAAUUUCAAAUAUUAGUUGCAAUAUAAUAAUUUUUGUUGCCAUUUGAUCGGUCUACCUGUAGACUGACAACUACUUUGUGAUAACUCACAAUUUUGAAUGUAAAGGAUAUUUUAUAUAACAAAUGCCUUUCCUAAAUGUUUUUAAAAGGUACAUGAAUUCAAAUUUAUGUUACUAGUUCAGAUUUCAUACAUGAUACAGACAUUUUUAAAUGUUCAAUACUACUAUAAUUUCAGGUCAGAUACAAUUUAUAUGACUUUCAUGUUUUUAAUUCAAGUUAUUUUCUUCAGAAUUUGGGAUAGAACUUUAUAAAUGAUUUUGAUGUUUUAGAAGGUGCUAGAUUGAGGUUUUUUUUAAACUUUACUUUCAAUUGAAUAUAAGGGACAUUUCAAUAAGGUUAUGUUUUCUACAAGCUACCUAUUUAUUAUGGUUUCAGGAGAUCUGGAGAUAAAAUAUUACAGCAUCUCCUAUUAUUACCAAAGUACUAACAAAUGAAUAGCUAGAUCAAUAAUUGUAAUCUCCACCACUAUCUUACAUCUCAUGUUCCAUUUAAUCCUUGUGAUUGAGAGGCUUCUUCAAAUAAUUUUAAUGUAAGCUGAAUGUAUCAGGUUUCCUUAGGGCAUGUAUUUUCAUUGUGUCCUUUAUGGGAGGGGACUCUAUUCCUUUUUCCUCUCCUCUUCCCCAGGAAAAUAUUUUCUGCUGACCACUAUUAUUGUGACCAUGUCACCUUCAUGCUUCCAAAACAAACAUUCUGCAUAGUCAGGUACUGAGUGUGCUCAGACAUGAAGUAGGGAGUUGCUGUGUGGCGUUUGUUCUCGGCACCCGUGUCUGGAGUUUAGGGUAUGCAUUUUCAUUGUGAAUGUCAAGGUCUGAUAUCAUCCAUAUCAGAGUGCUUAGGACGCUUACGAUUUUCCUAAGACAAUAGUGAGCUUGAGUUUGGGUUCUGUGGGAGAUCUUGAAAGGGAACAUGAUGGUUUGUUGCCUUUGGUCCAUCUCACCAGUCAUAUUUAAGGCAUGAUGGCAAAACCAGAAUGGAAGAACAGUCAAACGGACCCAUUCCUCAAUAUAACCAUUUAUAAAAAGGCAAUAACUCAGUUUGCAUAUGAGGUAAUAAAUGGACUUUUAAUAGCUGACGUAGCUUCAGAUUAAUAAUAUGACUAUGGUGGCCGGUUGAUGUUUGUCCCUUUUGAACAACUUUGUUUAGACAGACUUCAGGUUUGUGCACUAACUAAAAAAAAAAAAAAAUGGUUGAGAAUCUUUGUUUUUCAAACAUUUUGUAAAACUGAACUUUCUAAUUUCAGAGGUUUUCUGGUUCCUCCUCAGUGUUUUUGAAUGAAGGUAUCAUAAAAUGUACUGCUUAUAUUCUGGAUAAAAACACUUUUGACACUGUCCAACUUGUACAAGAUUCUUCCUGUCGAUGUACACAUAGAAAGUGAUUAUAUUUAUAUGCCAUACUGGGGUAAAUUCAAAAGAUUUGAGGAAUGGCUUACAUGAACUUUAGUGAAAAUCAUUAUGCAUAUUUUCUUUAUUAUUACAAAAGUCUAAGAA